CCGUGUCCUUCGACUCGCAGCCGCAAAGCAGGGGAGAGGGAGUCCUUGUGAACAGAAGAGAAGCACCCCGGCAGCAGGAGGAAGGAGGAGAGGCAUGAUGCGCCGCGUCGCGCUGUUGCUGCUCGUCUGCGCGGCGGCGCGCGCCGCCGCCGUCGUCACCGACGGGCUUCUUCCGAACGGCAACUUCGAGGAGGGCCCGCCCAAGUCGGCGCUGGUGAACGGCACGGUGGUGCGCGGCGCGAACGCCAUCCCGCUCUGGGAGACGUCGGGCUUCGUGGAGUACAUCGAGUCCGGGCACAAGCAGGGCGACAUGCUCCUGGUUGUGCCCCAGGGCGCCCACGCCGUGCGCCUGGGCAACGAGGCCUCCAUCCGCCAGCGCCUCGCCGUCACCCGGGGCGCCUACUACGCCAUCACCUUCAGCGCGGCGCGCACCUGCGCGCAGGCCGAGCGCCUCAACGUCUCGGUGAGCCCCGAGUGGGGCGUGCUCCCGAUGCAGACCAUCUACGGCAGCAACGGCUGGGACUCCUACGCCUGGGCGUUCAAGGCCAAGUUCGACACCGUCACGCUCGUCAUCCACAACCCCGGCGUCGAGGAGGACCCGGCCUGCGGCCCGCUCAUCGACGGCGUCGCCAUCCGCGCCCUGUACCCGCCCACGCUCGUCCGCGGGAACAUGCUCAAGAACGGCGGGUUCGAGGAGGGGCCCUACUUCCUUCCCAACGCGUCGUGGGGCGUGCUCGUGCCGCCCAACAUCGAGGACGACCACUCGCCGCUCCCGGCGUGGAUGAUCGUGUCGUCCAAGGCCGUCAAGUACGUGGACGCCGCGCACUUCAAGGUGCCCCAGGGCGCGCGCGCCGUGGAGCUGGUGGGCGGGAGGGAGAGCGCGCUGGUGCAGGAGGUGCGCACCGUGCCUGGGUGGAGCUACCGCCUCUCCUUCGCCGUCGGGGACGCCGGCGACGGCUGCACCGGGUCCAUGGUCGCCGAGGCCUUCGCGGCGCGCGCCACCGUGAAGGUGCCGUACGAGUCCAAGGGGACGGGAGGGUACAAGCGCGCCGUGCUGGACUUCACCGCUAUCGCCAACCGCACCCGCGUCGUGUUCCAGAGCACGUUCUACCACAUGAAGGCCGACGGCACGCUCUGCGGGCCACUUGUCGACGAUGCCUCGCUCGUCGGGCUGCGCAAGAAGCCCGCCGCCGGCCGCCGCCUGCUGCUGUAAGGCCUUUGUUGAUUUGCACGCGCCUCGGUCGCGCGCGGUGAUGUAAUAUGGUGGGCGUGUGGUGGGUCUAGUACUGGUAGGCGUUUUGGUUUGGUGUGCGCUUGGUAUAUGAGAUGUGUGCCGUGCCGUGCGCGCCCUGUGGUUGCGGUUGCAGUGGCGCGUGCAUGGAGUUUUUCUUGUGAAGAAGAAGGGAGGCGGUGGCCUGGCUCGAGGGUUUAUAAGACUUUUGAGUAACUUUAACGACACGGGAUUAAUGGCAAAUGUUACUAGUAUUUUUGUUCCAAA